AUGGGCGAGUUACCGACUUCUCAACAGGCUCUGAAGGUGGCCAGUAGCGGCAGAGUUGUCCUGGAGAUAGGGCACCCGUUACCCGAGUUGGGCGCCGACGAAGUAUUAGUGCGGGUAGCUUGUGUCGCAUUGAAUCCCUAUGAUGCCAAAUCAGUCGACAUGUCGCCUAGCCCCGGCGCAACAGCAGGACUCGAUUUUGCCGGCGAAAUUGUUGCCCUGGGCGAGGCCGUCAACUCCUCCGCCCGACUUGUCGCGGGAAAACGGGUGUGCGGUUUUGUAUUCGGCAACAACCCAGACCGGCGCGAUAAUGGUGCCUUUGCUGAGUACGUCGCUGUACCCGCGUCGCUAGUUCUCUGUAUCCCGGAUUCCAUGACGUUCUUGGAGGCAGCAACACUACCUUGUGGUCUGGCCACCACUGGGGCAGCACUUUAUAAUAGCCAUCAUCUUGGCCUGCCCUUGCUGGGACCUGGGUCCGAGGUGAACAGCUCGAACAAAUCUUCAACCUACGUACUAGUGUCCGGCUUCAUUCCCAUUACCACAAGCUCCCCACACAACUUUAACCGCCUGCAACAGCUGGGUGCUGAGGCGACGUUCGAUUACCACUCGCCCACCUGUGGCUCCGACCUGCGCGACUACACCCACAACAGACUCGCCUUUGCCAUUGACUGUAUCAGCUCAACUGACUCGAUGCAAAUUUGCUACGAGGCUAUCGGGACUGCCGGUGGCAGAUAUGUGUCGCUGGACCCUUUCCCCUUGAACAAACACACUCGUCGCAGUAUUCGGCCGGUAUGGCUAUUCAGCUUCACAAUUUUCGGAUCCGCCAUUAAGUGGGAUACCCCGUACAACUUCCCGGCCCGACCAGACGACCGAGAAUCGGCCGAGCGGUGGUAUGCGGAGAUUGAGGCAAUCCUGGCGACGGGUGAACUAGUCACUCAUCCAUUCCAGGAGGAGACUGGUGGGUUGUCCAGUGUGAUCGACGGCAUAGGGGCAGUGCGCAACGGACAGAUAACAGGUUAUAAACUAGUCUAUCCGAUUCGGAACUGUGCUUACUAG